AUGAAUAAUGACAUGAAUUGUGAAUAUUUGACUCAAAUGAUUAUUAUCUCAAUUAUAAUAGCCAUACAUUUUGGUCAAAACUGUGAUGUAUUGGCGGCCGAAAACACAAGAAGUGGACCGGAGUUUACAUUUGAACCGCCAAAUGCCGUAUCCUUUGCCAACUCGACGGGUGUGGUCAUCCCGUGCGCUGCACGUGGCGUACCGUCGCCUGUAAUCAAAUGGGAAUCAGUAGAUAACGGCCAAACCAUUACUGAUGUCGCAGGACUCAGAAUGGUUAGAGUGGACGGCAGUCUUGUCUUUCCUCCCUUUAGACCAGAGGAUUAUCGACCAGACAUACACUCGACGCGAUACAGGUGCAUCGCAUCCAAUUCCAUCGGCACAAUAGCAUCGAGGAGUGUUCACUUGAGGGGAGUUGUUCGCCAAAAUUUUGUGAUUGAAGUCUAUGAUGAGUUCCCAGUGAUGGGCAAUACAGCAGUCAUGCGGUGCCAUAUACCGGCAUUUGUAAGAGACUACCUGACGGUGACGGCCUGGAUAGAGGAACCAACCGGCCGAGUGAUUCAGCCGACGGGCACAAUCAUUGGCAACCAGUCUUCCAGAUAUUUGAUGCUACAAACUGGGGAACUGUAUAUUAGAAAUGUUGACUCGACUUUCAAUCACCGGACAUAUAAAUGUCGGGCACGUAAUCGACUUACUGGCGAAACGUUUACCAGUGGAUCGGCGGGAAAGUUAAUUGUGACGGAAUCGCAUUCAUUUGUUAGUCCAAGAAUUACAGAAUCCAAGUAUCAGGUGAAUGCCGUCAAAGGAGAUACAGUGGCACUGCCCUGUCUGGCACAGGGAUGGCCACUACCGAAAUACAAGUGGUUCAAAAAGGACGGCGCCGAACGCCAGUCAUUGUCGGCCAACGACCGUAUCGAUCAAUUGGACGGCAUUUUGGUCAUCCGAGACGUUUCGCCCACCGAUUCGGGUGUCUAUCAGUGUAUUGUUAACAAUACGAUUGCUGAGGAAAAAGUCGAGACCGAGCUAUCUGUCAGAAUUCCGCUAUCAAUACAACUGUUACCAAAUCGGCAAUCAGUAGACGUGGGAAAGUCAGCCCUAUUUAAUUGCAGUGUUUCUGGACAUCCGAUUAAUACGAUUAGUUGGGAAAGAAAUCAUCGAAGAAUUAAAUCGGGAUUUAAUUCAGACAUUCGCUUCAUUUCCAAAGAUUUAAUACAUAUUGAUUCGGUGGCUAAAGAGCACCGGGGAAUGUAUCAGUGUUUCGCUUCAAACGACUACGAAUCAGUCCAGGCUUUCGCCGAAUUACAAUUGGGAGAUGAUCCGCCAGAAUUUCGCGAAGUAUUUUCUACCCAAACCCUAGAGCCGGGACCGGCCCUGUCGUUGAAGUGUGUGGCCGGCGGUACACCACUUCCGCAGAUUACGUGGCAAUUGGACGACUCACCAAUUCCAGAGAAUCUAAGAGUUCGUUUCGGUGAUUAUGUAACCAAAGAGGGACUCGUUAUUAGUUAUGUUAACAUAAGCGAAGUCAGAGUAGAAGACGGCGGCGCCUACGUGUGUAAAGCGGAUAACGGUGUGUCCAGUAUUGAACAUUUGGCCAAAAUUAAUGUGUUGGGACCACCAGUGGUGAGACCAAUGAGGAAUAUCACUGUUGUUGCCAGUGAGCCAUUAAUUGUCAGAUGUCCUGUCGGGGGAUAUCCACUGGAGAGCAUUACAUGGGAAAGAGACGGUCAUCGGUUGCCAUAUAAUCAUCGCCAGAAAGUCCACGACAACGGCACUCUUGAGGUCUACCACAUCGAGAGGGCUACUGAUGAAGGCCUCUAUACAUGUAUUGCCAAAAACAAAAAAGGACAGUCAGCUCAGAGCUCUGUCUAUGUUCGGGUUCAAAUUAAGCCAGUGAUAGAGCCGUUUAGUUUUCCGACGUCUUUACGUGAGGGCCAGAGGGCAUCGGUCUUAUGCACCGUUAGUAGCGGAGAUAUGCCGAUUAGUCUUCAGUGGUUCAAAGAUAAUGUGCCAAUUAGUCAACACAAGAGGAUUCGUGUCAAUGAAGUGGCCGACUACUCGUCCACACUAUUGUUUGAAUCAUUAACAUUGGAACAUAAGGGCAACUAUACAUGUAUAGCAACCAACACUGCCGGCACCGUUAGCCAUACGGCCUCAAUGAUCAUUCACGUGCCUCCUCGAUGGACAGUUGAACCAACCGACACAUCAGUGGUUAGGGGCCGGAGUGUAACCAUAGACUGUGCCACUCAAGGAUAUCCUUAUCCGCGCAUCAUUUGGACUAAAUCGUCAUCGAGUCAAACUCCGCGUGAUUUUAAGCCGAUUAUUAGUGGUCCGCACCUACAAGUCUACGAAAAUGGAUCACUUUCUAUUCAAGAGGCCAGGGAUACUGACCAGGGAUACUACCUGUGUCAGGCACAAAAUGGCAUUGGACAGGGUCUCAGCAAAGUAGUCAAAAUUAGUGUUCAUGUGGCCGCUCAUUUCAAAAGCAAGUUCACAGCAGAAAUGGUCAAAAAAGGACAUAAUAUUAAACUUAAAUGCGAAGCACUGGGAGAUAAACCCAUUAGUAUCACUUGGACUCGAGAUAAGCAAAAGAUUGAUGUCAUCGCCAGUUCUGUUAUUGACACCAUUGGUGGGACCACAUCAUCGGACAGUCGCUAUCAACUCAAUGAAAGUAUUACUACAAAAGGCAUUAUUUCGGAAGUGAUUAUCAAGAAAGCCGACAGAAGAGACAGUUCAUUGUUUACGUGUGUGGCGUCCAAUGCGUUUGGUUUUGACGACACAAAUCUACAGCUCAUUGUCCAGGAAUCGCCUGAUCCGCCACAAGAACUCCAGGUGCUCGAGAUCACCAGUCGCUCAAUUAAGAUCUCGUGGUCGCCGCCCUAUUCGGGAAACUCGCCGAUUACCCACUACUUGAUUCAGUACACUACUCGGCCAAAAGGUGCCGAUCCUAAUAAUUGGUCGCAAGCUCUGAACGUUUCGAUACCAAGCGGUGAAACCAUUGGUCAAAUAGUUGGUCUCAGACCAGCACUUCUGUAUUAUUUUCGUCUGUUGGCUGAAAAUCAUAUCGGGAUUAGUGACCCGAGCAGAGUGGUUGAAGUCAUCACUGAGGAGGAGUCACCAGGAGGUCCACCACUGAGCAUCAAAGUAGGUGCCGUAUCUUCACGAUCCGUUUCGGUGACUUGGAAUCCACCCAAUCUUGACCAACAACACGGAGUGAUUCGCGGCUAUUAUGUCGGUUAUAAAGUGUUUGGAUCUCAGAGUCAAUUUGUUUACAAAACAUUAGAGAUCAGAGACGGCACUCGAGAGGAAGUAGUCUUAAAUGGUUUAAAACAAUUCACUCAAUACUCUAUUGUUGUUCAAGCGUUCAAUACUAAAGGAGCCGGUCCGGCAUCUGAAGAGCUCAAAAUACAAACAUUAGAAAUGGAUGCUCCGAUAUCACCUCAAUUACAAGUGACCUCUAGUUCUGGCUCAUCAAUACAUUUGGCAUGGGAUCCAGUCACCGAUGACGACAAUCCAGUUGAUGGUUAUAUAAUAUUUCAACGUCAGGACACUUCGGCCGAAUGGAAAGAAAUCCGUAUUGUCGGCCAACAGGCCUUCUAUACAGCAGUCGAUCUUAAAUGCGGAACUCGUUAUCAAUUUUAUUUGAUUGCCUUCAAUAGGAUCGGUAGGGGAGAGCCGUCAGACGUGGUUACAAUCAAAACUGAUGGGUCAGUGCCCGUUGCACCCGACAAGGCAUCGGUAGUCAGUAUUAACCGUACGGCAGCACUGGUGCACUUGGACUCAUGGCAUCACGGUGGCUGUCCCAUUACCAAAUUUAAGAUACGGUAUCGGUUGCUAAAUUCCAAUAAUGAUUGGACGGAAGUGUUUUACAAUAUCAACGAUAAACAGAUAGAUCUCAAUCAUUUGAAUCUCAAUACCCGAUAUCAGCUACAGAUUACUGCCUAUAAUGAAGUUGGCUUUACCGAGGCUGAAUAUACUUUUUCCACGUAUACGGAUAACCACGAGCUUAACUCACGCACGGCUUCGGGUCAUACGAUACGGGGCUCGCAAAGCAAGAGCCCGAACGCCAAUAUAAACGAAUACUCAAUUGUGAUUCCGGUGGCCAUCACUUUGUUGGUCAUUAUAAUACUAUUAGUGAUCGUUGCUCUAGUCCUCCGAAAGAGUUCAGCUAACGGCUCAAUCUAUGGCCGAAAGCAAGACUCGUUGCAGAUGUCGCAUAUGGGCUCAUGUAAAUCGGGUCGUUCCACAUACACUAACUCGCCUUACAAUACGCCACAUACCUGUGCCAACGGAACGGAGACAACAACACCGAAAGUGAACGGCGACUUUGCCGGCCUAAGAAUGGAUGAGCCGAUGUACGCGACAGUCAAACGCACGCCACGCGCGCCUCGCAGUGAGGCUCAUAUAUACUCGUAUCCCAUUCAGGGCACGGUCUCAGUGGCCGAUAUGCCUAACAUGCAGCUGACUAACAGUCCAAACUGUGCCAAUACGUCGGUCAUACCGCAGACGGCAACACUUAUUAUGACCGUCGAUGACAGGGAUCUCGAAGAGAAACUAUUGGAUGAACUUCAACAACAGUGUCCACUCAAUGAGCACCGGCUCUCUAUGUCUCACUGCAGAUAAUCUGCAAACUUUUCGGAUGUUUUUUGAUUAACAACUCAUUUUCCUCAUUCAA